AUGUCGACUAGUGUCCUUAUUGUAUUACACCGAUUGUCCUCAGACGAAAAAUGUGAUAAAGCAGACGACCACAGAUUUCACAUCCAUGUUACAGGUGUCUUUCCUUUUAUCUUUCAUUCAAAUAUUUUUCAUUCAUUUCUGAUUUCCAUUCAUGUUUUCUUAUUUUUUUUAUUUGAGGUGUUUUUUAUUUGUUUCUUAUUUUCAUUCACAUUUCUUCCUUUCUUUCAUAUAAUUUUUCAAUUGUUUCACAUUUUCAUUCAGGUUAGUUUCUUCCCAAUGCUAGUUAUUCACAUUUCUUCCUUUCUUUCAUUCAUAUUUCUUCUUUUCUUUCAUAUAAUUUUUCAAUUAUUUCACAUUUUCAUUCAGGUUACUUUCUUUCCUACGCUAGUUAUUUAUUUUAGAUUUCCAGUCACAUUUCUUUCUUUCAAAUAUAUUUUCAAUAAUUUCAUAUUUUUAUUCACAUUUCUUUUUUAUUGCUUCGUUUCUCUUUCUUCUAAAUGCUUUUUAUUUAUUUACUAUUUUCAUUCAGGGUUUCCAUCCUUCCUUCCUUCCUUUCUUUCUUUCUUUUUUGUUCCUUCCUUCUUUCCUUUCUUUCAAAUAUGUUUUAUUUAUUUCAGAUUUUCAUUCAUGACAUUUCGAAACGUCCCAGAAAUGACUGCGGAUAUAAAUUCCUUAUCAGACCACACGAUCACUAGUUUCAUGAUUGUACUCACUAAGCUCUGCCUGCAAAUACAAAUAUACUGUUUGCAAACAGAAAGACAAAAUCAAUAA